AAUUGGGUACGGUCGGAAAUUUACUUCAAAAAGUAUCAGUAAUUAAAGUAAUGCAAUCGCAGUAAAGCGGUUAUUUAUUAAAUUUUACUCAAAAUACUGAAGAUGCUGUAAUAAUUUUCGACCGCUUGUUUUGCAAUUAUAUGCUUUUGACAACUGAUACCUACUUAACCUCAAUUAUUCUCUAUUGUGUAUAUUGCCUUAUAUGAUGAUGAAUUUCUAGUAUUAACACAUUUGAUGAAUGUGAGUGAUUCCACUCGUUUAACGAGAAUUGAACAUUAUGUGGAAAAUGUGGUUCAUUUAUAUUCAGAUGAUCAAUUCCAAUCACAUUUUAGAAUGCAACGAAAAACAUUUGACUUUAUUUUGUCUUUAAUUGGACCAAAAAUUAGUGAAAACGUGGUAAAACCUGGACGACCAAGUGUAUCCCCAGAAACACAAUUGCUGCUUACGUUGUGGAUUCUUGGAACACCUGAUUCCUAUAGAUCUGUAUCGGAUCGUUUUAAUGUCGGAAAAGCAACUGCCGUUAUCUCCGUAAGAAGAGUAGUAAAAGCGUUGUAUGAUCAUGUACAUACAUUUAUAAAAUGGCCAAUAGCAGAUGAAAUGGAAACAAGUAUAAGAGUAUUUCGAGCUGUAAAAGGCUUUCCAAAUGUUAUAGGUGCAAUUGAUGGCACCCAUAUUAGCAUAACUGCUCCUAAGAAUAAUGCAGAAGCUUAUGUGAAUCGAAAAGGGUAUCAUUCAAUGCAAUUACAGGUAGGUAGUUAUUUUCUGCAGGCCGUCUGUAACGAAAAUGGAAUGUUUAUUCAUUGUUUCACUGGAUAUCCGGGAGCUGUCCAUGAUCUGCGAGUAUUCCAAAACUCGGAUUUACCAGAAUUUUUUAGAAAUGACACACAAUUUCCAGAUGAUGUACACAUUUUGGGAGACGCAGCAUAUAAGUUGCAUAAGCAUCUUAUGGUACCAUUUAAAGACAAUGGUCAUUUAACAGACAUACAAAAAAAUUUUAACAUGUGUCACUCAUCUACAAGAAUGGCAAUCGAAAGGGCAUUUGGACUUCUCAAAGGCAGAAUGCGGAGAUUGUUAGAUACUCUACCAAUGACACGAGAAGAUCUUAUACCAAAGUACAUCAUAACGUGUUGCAUUCUUCACAAUAUCUGCCUUUUAAAACAAGACCAAUUUCAACCAUUAGCUGUAGCUAUUUCAAAUAAUGCAAGUGCUGUGGAAAUACUGGCAACACGAGAACCGGAUGGUGGAGGAAGAGAUGUAGCCAUAAGAAAACGGGAUGUAAUCGCUGCUGAAUUACCUAUGCAAAUUGGUGCAUGAUUUUUACAAAUAACGAGGAUACGAAUGAAAAUAAAUUUAUUAUACAUUAAUAAAAAUAAUUAGGUAUUAGUAUCAUUACUUUUUCGAAAUGUUAUCAACAAGUGUGCGUAAUAAACUUAAUGCUUCUGUA